AUGUCAGUGGAGCAAUUUAACUAUCUCCUCAGUAUGGUAGAGCCAUAUUUGCAAAAAUUUUCAAAAAGGACUCCACAUCCACCGGGUUUGCGCUUAGCUUUGACAUUAUCGUUUCUUGCUCAUGGAGACAGUGUGAGUACAAUAGCAAGAGGAUUUAGAAUUGGCAAAUCUACAGCGUACAAAAUAAUUAUCGAAACUUGUAAUGUUAUUUGGACUGUACUUCAACCAAUUUAUCUUACUAAACCAACAGCAGAAUCAUGGAAGCACAUUGCUAAAAAUUUUUAUCAGAUUUGGAACUUUCCAAAUUGCAUUGGAGCAGUAGACGGCAAACAUAUUCAGAUCCAACGUCCUCCUAGAACAGAAAGUUUAUACUUUAAUUAUAAACAAUUUUUCAGCAUAGUGCUGAUGGCCGCUGCUGAUGCUGAGUACAAAUUUACAUGGGUUGAUAUAGGAGAUUAUGGUUCUAUGAGUGAUGGAGGUGUGUGGGCUGAAUCUGCAUUUGGUUCUGCUCUGGAAAAGGACUCUGUUGAUCUGCCACUACCAUGUUUACUCCCCAACUCUGAAAUAACAUAUCCUCAUUUUUUUGUGGGGGACGAAGCUUUCCCGCUAAAAAAAUAUAUGAUGCGACCAUACUCAAAAAAAGAUUUAGGUAAUCCUGAACGAAUUUUUAAUUAUAGACUCAGUAGGGCACGCAGAGUAAUUGAAAAUGCCUUUGGCAUACUUACUACUAAGUGGAGAAUACUGCGACGGUUUCUAUGCUGUUCUGCUGAAAAUGCUGAAAUAAUAGUGAAGGCUUUAAUAUGCCUCCAUAAUUUCCUCCUUACUAAGGAAGGUGAUAUUGGUAGACGUUAUUGCCCCAAUGGUUUGAUAGAUUAUGAAGUUAAUGGUAUUGUCCAUCCUGGUGCUUGGAGAACUGAAAAUACUUCACAGAAUGUACAUGAAUUACGUAGAACUGGUUCUAAUAAUGCUGGAAGAGCAAUAAUUAAUUUGAGGAACGUACUUCGAGAUUAUGUGAAUAGUAAGGAAGGUGAAGUUGAGUGGCAAUGGAACCGUGUUUUUCGUAAUAUAAACGUAAAUCUAAAUUGA